AUGUUUUCCUUUUGCGUUGUAUUUUUUCUUCUCAUUACUUGGUCUUUCGUGGACUGUAACCCCAGUCCUGUGUUAGGAGAUGUAGUCGUGGACAGAUACUUCAUCCCCAAGGACUGCGCCAGAGAAGUGAAAAACGGAGAUUAUGUCCGCUAUCACUAUAACGCUACAUUUGUCGAUGGAAAAACUUUUGAUUCGAGCCAUCAGAGAGGAGCAGCUAAAGUCGGCCUGAUCGGGGAAGGUCGGCUCAUCGCUGGCGUCGACAAAGGUCUGCAGGGGAUGUGUGUGAAUGAGCGCAGGAAAAUCACCGUCCCACCACAGCUCGCUUACGGAAGCACCGGUGCAGGUGAUGUUGUUCCUCCAGACGCCACUAUCGUGUUUGACAUCCAUCUGCUGGAUCUGUGGAACAAAGCUGACCUGGUCGUCACCAAAUCCAUCACCACUCCCAAAGACUGCAAGCGGUCCGUGAUGCGCACCGACUUUGUGCGUUACCAUUUCAACGGCACUCUGCUAGACGGCACUGCCUUUGACUCCAGCUACACCAGGAAGCAGACACACAACACCUUAGUAGGUGAGGGUUGGAUGAUCAAGGGCAUGGAUGAGGGCCUGCUGGGCAUGUGUGUUGGGGAGGUCAGAAAAAUCGUCAUCCCACCUUUCAAAGCCUACGGAGAAAAGGGAUCAGGUACAGAGAUUCCUCCUCAGGCGACUCUGGUGUUUGACAUUCUGUUGGUGGACAUUCACAACCCAAAGGAUAACAUCACUGUUGAGAACCAGGUGGUGCCGGAGUCGUGCACUCGCAGGUCUGUGGCGGGGGAUUACAUUCGGUACCACUACAACGGCACCUUCCUAAAUGGAGUCACUUUCGAUACCAGCUACCAGAGGAACAGCACUUACAACACCUACAUAGGGAUGGGGUACAUAAUUCUGGGGAUGGAUCAGGGCCUGCUGGGAGUCUGCGUUGGGGAGAAGAGGAGGCUCACCAUUCCCCCACACCUGGCGUAUGGCGAGAAUGGCGCAGGUGACGUGAUCCCUCCUUCUGCUGUGCUCGUCUUUGACAUCCACGUGAUCGACUUCCACAAUCCCAACGACACAGUGGCUAUCCAGAUCACCUACAGACCUGAAGGGUGCAAUGACACCACAGAAGUGAAUGACCUCGUCCACUAUCACUAUAACUGCUCCCUUAUGGAUGGCACGCUGCUCUUUUCCUCACAUGAUUAUGAGAACCUUCAGGACGUGGUGCUGGGCUCAGACAAGGUGAUUGACGGGCUGGACCAGGGCCUGCAGGGCAUGUGUCUGGGAGAGAAGAGGGUGAUCACGGUGCCGCCUCACCUCGGCCACGGGGAAAGAGGAGCUGCUGGCGUGCCGAGCAGUGCCGUGUUGAUCUUUGACAUAGAGCUGGUGAGCUUUGAGAAGGGCGUGCCGCCCGGUUACCUGUUUGUGUGGCUCCAGGACACUCCGGCAGACCUGUUUGAAGCCUUGGACAUGAACAAGAACGCAGAGGUGCCACAGGAGGAGUUUGGGGAGUUCAUCAAGCUGCAGGUGGCAGAGGGCAAAGGUCGCAUAAAGCCUGGGCUGACCAUGGAGCAGGUCGUCACAGACAUGUUCCAAAACCAGGACCGAAAUAAAGAUGGCGUGAUCACAGCCAGCGAGCUGAAGCUUAAGGUGGAUGAGGAUCAAGAGCGGGAACAGGCAAGGCACGAGGAGUUGUGAUGAGGACAGAAUUGUUUGGUUCUCUCUCAGGGAUAAACCUCCAACACCUUUUAAAAACCCCCAACCCCCCCCAAAAGAAGAAAAAAAAGAAAGAAACAGGUAACAAGAGACUUUUUCCCCACACAGUCAUGGUUUAGUGGUUUCAUUUUUUCACACAAGAAAAAAAAGAGUAGAUCUUUUGUUGUUCUCCUUGUGUUACAAUUGUCUGUUUGAUUGCUGUAUUUCAGAAAAACAAGCACCUUUAUUUGUCCCUGAACAUCACAUUUAUUAAAAUGUUUGUAAGAAAAAGAAAAUGUUUUUUCUACAA